AUCACUUAACAAAUAAAGCGCUUAAAGAAAUAAUAAAUAAUAUUCAUAUGUUUUUUAUCGUAAUUUUAACGGAAGGAAGUGUGGUGUUUAGAGUAAUUCUUGUCUACAAGACAAUACUUUACUCGACGUCAAUCGACUGUUACUUCAAUACAAAAAUGAAGAAUAUCCUCUUGAUGAUGCUCAUUUUCUCAGCUUUCAUCUUGAAUGGGGUGGAGUCGGCGAAAGAUAGCUGCAGACAUUUAAAACGAUGCGGAAAAUAUGGAUUUUACAAGAACUGUUCGGAGUGUUGCAGAGAAUUCGGCCACGAGGGAGGAUACUGCACCAUGUUCAAGUGUAAAUGCAAAACAUGAAUCCUGUAGUUGAUUAACAUCAAAGCUGUAAGCUGUUUACGAAGUAAACAAUAAAGUUUUUUUAAAAUUUCUGAAAA